AUGACACGAUAUACCUCCAUGGGCAAGAAGCAGCAUGUGAAAGCCGAUGAAUCUUUCAAAGUAACCCCUCUAAAACCGGGGAAGCCGUCUGGAAACUCGGAUAACGCUAAUGAUGACAAGAGUGGUGAUCGCAAACGGAAGCGACCAGCUAGGCCCGUUUCCAAAGUUUCUCCCAAGGAGCAAGAUAAACGAAGAAAGCGACGUCAAUUUGCAAAGGAAAAAUCAACUAUCUGUUUCGGCUGUCGACAAAAGGGUCAUUCCGUAGGUUCCUGUCCUGAAGGCAAGAAUACUGCUCAAGGUAUUUGCUACAAUUGUGGCUCGACUGAACAUUCGCUGAGCAAGUGCCGAAAGCCUCGAAAAGAGGAUAAUGACAAGGGAUUAUAUCCAAACGGUGGUGGAUGUCGAUUCUGUGGCCAGGUAGAUCAUUUGGCAAAGGAUUGCAAGCUGACCAAGAACGAAGCAGGAACCACUGCUGUAGGCAAGAUUGAUUUGGAACAAGGUGCUGAUGACGACGACUACCAUAUUUUUGUUGAAGAAAAGCAAAAAGUAACAGAAGAGCAGCAAAACGACAAGCAAGUUGAGAAGAAAGAGCAAAAGCCAAAGAAGAAAGUUGUAAAGUUUUAA